CAGUAAUCGGUAACCGUAAUCAACUACAUUUAUGAAAGAUGUAAUUGUAACAAGUAUUAACUUCUGUCCUUGUUGGCGCGAAUCUUUGGUACAGUGUUUUAGCGCUUGUACGAGAUACCGAUAUCGUGUGGUAGACACUGCGCCCGGCAAACUGCGCGAUGUCUAAACGAUAGGCUGACUGAGCAACUCUGUAAAGAAAGGCGGUCAUGACUGGUUAGCAGCCGACUGCUGCACGCGUGGUCGCUCGCCUCUUUUCCAAUAAUGUUUGCUUGAGCGCAAGCACAAAGACGAAAAAACGAGACUGACAACUGAAACUGCAAUUAUUGAGAAGCUAGGCCGAGAUUGUUUAGCACGCAUUCGCUGUCUUUAUCAAGAAUUGCCGCAUCUCGAUGCAUCUUGGUUUGCGCAUGCCUGAGUUCUUGAAUGGCAUGUAUAUAUAGUGAUCCGGCCUCGAAUAAAGAUCAAGCUCUGUCUAAAUAGGUCGCGCAGCUUGGGACGAAAAACGUGCUAAAACCUGUCACCUGAGAGAUCAGUUAGUGGCACAUGAUUGAAGCGCGACUAGGCGAGGGCGGAACAAACACUGAAACUAUCAAUCCGUCACUCCCAUACGUUUUCAUCCGUUUUCCGUCACCCUUAUAUUUCUCGUAGAGAAAUAUGGGGGUGCCGGAGAAUAAGUCACUAACUGGAGUUAGCUCCGGCACCCUACAAAGUUUAGCAGCAGCCAGAAAACCUAUGUAAAAGAAAUGUUCGAAAGUUUUACAUGAGAAUACCGUCGUACGAGUAAAUUUAAUAUCCCGUUUCAAAUAUUUUUCUGUACUAAAACAACAAAUGUUAUUUUUUUCUGUUUCACAAUUUAUUAGUUCGUCCUUGAUGUCGCCCCAAGCCAGUGAUUCUGGCUGAAGACUUGGCAAGACUGUGCAAAUCAGCUGUCUCGUGCGGAAUGGCGUCGCUUACUUGAAAGGGGCGGUUUCAUCCCGAUUUUUUUUUUUUUUUUUUUCAUGUGCUUGCGCGUUUCUUCAAAAUGUGGCUUGCGCUUCACUUCAAAUUUUGCUCUCACCUAGAGCGCGGAAUUCAUUGGCGAAAGGUUUGAGUGCAGGUUUUUUUAUUAUCGUGCAAGUUCGCGCUGCGGUAUCCGACGCGUUGUGUCUCGUCGUUACGACAAAGGCGAAACGCUCCGCAAAGAAACAUCGCGCUUUGUUUGUUGACUUUCGAAAACACAGGCUCUGAGUGUCCGAUGGGCAGCAAAAUUAGUAAGUCUAAUGUUUUCUAAAUGAUAAUGUGCGGCAAUGUUCUCUUCUCUGAUAACUGCUGAUUAUUAAUAUAUAUAGUCCCACGGAAUUGCGAAUGAUCCUCUGAAAAGGUUCCGUAUAUGUUGCUAGACAUUACGACUGUGUGCUGGUCAUAUUACUUUUCAUCCAUUGAAAAGUGUUUUAUUUGGUAAAUUAGAAUGGUUGCAUUAUUCUAGACGAAUAAAAAGUGAUGUUACUUUGAGACCUCUGUGGCACUAUCAUUUAUUUCCAUCAUAUUCGCUCACCUUCCUAAGGUGCCUACUACAUAUUUGUCUAAAUUGCAAAUGCAAUUUAGACACAUUUUUUCCACUAUCCAGGACAUACCAUGAGAAACACUGAACUUCCACCCUGUUUGCCAUGAGUAAAAGGGGAAGGAAGGCUGUUGUGAAGGUUACGCAUUAGUCUAUUAACGUAACGAGCAGCAGAGUUGUCCGAAAUGCCGUGCGCACUAAGAAUUCAGAAAAUGAGUCGCUGGAAUACGGGAAUUUUUCUUUGUUUUCACCUACGCAUACCAGUGAAAUACGCCAUCGCUUAAUAUCUAGGACACGCCCCUCUAGCGGCAGGGCCCAAGGAAUCACGUGUCAUCUUCUAAUUACCGAUGGAGAUACUGCCUCGGCAGACGUUCCGGUCAGAGUGUGACAUUAAAGAGAACGGCCUCUAUCCACCUUUGUAUACGCAGACAAAAUCAGGACAGUCCAACCGCGCUGCGCUUUCUACUGCGAAGCGCCGGCAUCCAGUGGAGCCCCGAGGUGCUCGCCUACACCCGCCAGGACAUCCUCGGCGUCCUGCUAAGGCUGUCGCUCGAGUUCGGUGUGCCCGUCCUCCUCCACGCCAUCCUCGGCCCGUCGCUGAAGCACACCGCCGACAGCAGACGGGCACUGAACCUGGACUUCCGGUUCCCACUGCUUCCGGCCGGCGCCGGUGAGCGGACGCUUUCGGUCGUGGAGGACACCCUGCGGCUGGUCGCACACAACGGAACUGUCUUCGACCGGUUUCGACACGAGGCCAUGCAAGUUCUGCUGACGCUGAGGAGGCUAUGGUCAUGGCUGAAUGCAUCUUUGCACUGGCGGGGAGGGCUCCAGUACGUCAAGUUCUCGCAGGCGCACGAGCAUCUUGUGAAGUUUACUGAACCGGGCGAGCUUUUGAAGUUGACGAACGAUGCACUGCCCACCGAUAGAAAGCGAGACUACUUCGGGCCGGACGACGACGUGGUGACCUCCACGCCAACUCUGGUGACCACCUUCGCAGACUUCAUGGCUGUGACAAAACCAGUUGACCUGGUUCUCUUGGUACGAUACCUGGCUGUUGAAAGCCUUCUCCCGGUGUCAUCCAGCCAUCUUGUCGACGUGUACAGCAUCGACCGGAGGGCAGCCUUCCGUUUGCGCCUCCGUGCUUGUUUGCGUGAUGCCAUCGACAUCAUGCCGCGGGCCUGGGAAUACCUCUUCUACCAGGAACACCUAGGUCAGAGGUACCCCGCACUAGACGCCACCAUGACCUCCAUCCUGGACUCUGCGAUGGACCAGUACUCGUGGAUGGACGACGAGACACGGCAGCGCGCCGAGCGGAGGCUCCGCCAGCUCCGCGUCGUGCUAGGGCCUCCGCCCGCGUUGUCGAAGCACGAGGCCGUGCAGAGGCGCUAUAAGCACGCGAAGCCACUGCCCGAGUCCAUGUCAUUCGCCGCCUGGAUACUGGAGAAUCGCGCCGCCGAGCUGAUGGCGCGCGCACGCGAACUCGCGGAAAGCAGCGGGACCCCUUCUUUGGAUACGUUCGAGCCAGACGCGUUCAUGGACACGGUCCCCAGCGCAGUGCUGGACACCAUGCGGCGGCAGCUGCUCGUGUCUCCAGCCAUGCUCUUCCCCCCGUUCGUGGUGCCUGACGACCUGCCCUACUCGGCCAUAGUGGACUACGCAGCACUGGGUUCCAUCACUGCCUCGCUAGUUGCACGCCACUUGGACCCUGUGACGGGCGUUUACGACGUCCUGGGCAUUCGCAAGGAGACGUGGUACACGCCCCAGAGCAAUGAGACCUACUUCAAUCUGCUGCGCUGCAUUCAACUCCGUCAGGCCUCCUACGAAGGAGUUGACGUCACCAACGAAGGAGCAUCUGAGGUCUUAGCGCAUACAGUCGGGCUCCAAAUGGCCCACUCUGCAUAUCGUAAACGCGCCGAGAAGGACGCAGAAUCCCACAGCGGUUACUCCUCGGGCAAGCAGAUCCCGGUCUUCAAGAGUAGGCCGUCCCUCGGCAUCGACGAGUACUCCGGAGCAGUCUACGACGCGGAGCGGCUCUUCUUCGCUGCUUACUGCCUCCAGCUGUGCGGCGUCGUGCUUCCGCGUGGCGUGACUGGCUCGCUGCCGCUUAACGUGCGCUGUAACCUGCCGCUGCGGGAAGUGUCCGGGUUCGGGCGCGCCUUCAACUGCCCCAACAAUAGUGCCAUGGUCUCUCGAGACGCCUGCCUGUGACUCAUUCGCACAAGGUUGCUGCAUCGAAAACCAGUUUAUUUUGAAAGGUCUUACGACGAACGGCGGAUGUUAGAUAGUGUUAUAAUAGUAAUAAUUUCAGUUGUGUUGAAAGCCACCACACAGGAACUCGCUUCAUAAUAAAAUUGGGCAAUUAUCCUUCCUAA